UACACAUUUUACUAGUCUCUACACUUCACCUAAAUCAAUCUUCGGCAUAACCUAUCUACGCGUCAAGAUGAGUUUCAAAGACAAGGUGGUGAUAGUGACCGGCGCCAGUUCGGGCAUCGGGGCGGCCACCGCCGUGGAGCUGUGUCGCCAGGGAGCGGCCGUGGUGCUGGCGGCGAGGAACCCGGGCAAGCUGGCGGCGGUGCGCGCGCGCUGCGCCGCCGCCGGCCCGCCGCCGCUGCUGCUGCCAACAGAGCUCGUCAACGAGGCAGAGCUUAAGAACCUCGUUGAUAAAACUGUGGAGAAAUACGGGAGGAUCGACGUCUUGAUCAACAACGCUGGCUUCGGUUCGGAAACCCCGUUCGAAGACCCGAACGCAGUGAAAGUUUUCGAUGAUAUUAUCAGCUUGAAUUUGCGCGCUGUCGUCCAGUUAACCCAUCUGGCGUUGCCGCAUUUGAUUAAAAGCAAAGGCAAUGUGGUGAACAUUUCCAGCGUCGCUGCUCUCAGUCCGAUAAAGGAUAUGUUCGCGUACUGCACCGCUAAGGCCGGUUUGGACCACUUCUCCCGGUGCAUCGCGUCAGAACUGGCUCCUAAAGGGGUGAGAGUCAACGUGGUGAACCCGGGACCAGUGAGAACUGACUUCGUGGAGAAUAUGGGCAAGGAAGAGGUUGGGAAGUUCUACGAAAAUAUAGGCCAGAUGAUGCCGCUGAAGAGAGUGUCGGAGCCGGAAGAAAUAACAGAUGUUAUUUUGUUUUUGGCCAGUGAAAAAGCUAGGGGAGUCACUGGGUCCAGCUGGGUCACCGACGACGGGUACAUGAUCAAGUAAUUAAAUCAAUUAAUUAAAAUAAAUCUAGGUAAAAGGUAAAAGCAAUAUAUCAUCUAUAUAAACUUA